GAUGGUCCCGUGGUUCCAGGCCUCCUUGGUCCAGGCCCCUCUCUCCCCCUCACCUGUCCGCCAUCUUGUUGUUGCCGCGUGUUGCUUUUGGAAGGUUCGUCGGACUGAGUGACAUCCUGCUGGUGGUAAUAGAAAAAAAGGUCGAUUAGGUGUAGCACUAUGAAAUAAGAUAAAGCAAGAUGAAUCAAGAAAAACUGGCUAAACUUCAGGCUCAGGUCCGAAUAGGUGGAAAGGGUACCGCUCGUAGAAAGAAGAAGGUAGUCCACAGAACAGCAACAGCUGAUGAUAAAAAACUUCAGAGUUCACUCAAAAAAUUGGCAGUAAACAAUAUUGCUGGCAUUGAAGAGGUGAAUAUGAUAAAAGAUGAUGGAACAGUUAUUCAUUUCAACAAUCCAAAAGUCCAGGCUUCACUCUCUGCAAAUACUUUUGCAAUUACUGGUCAUGCUGAAGCCAAACCAAUCACGGAAAUGUUACCUGGCAUUUUAAGCCAACUGGGUGCUGAUAGUUUAACAAGUCUUAGAAAGUUAGCUGAGCAGUUCCCAAGACAAGUGUUGGAUAGCAAAGUACCAAAAUCAGAAGAUAUUGAUGAGGAAGAUGAUGAUGUUCCUGAUCUCGUAGAGAACUUUGAUGAAGCAUCAAAAAAUGAAGCUAAUUAAUUCAUUAAUAGUUCUGGAAGUUGACAUGGACUAGAUUUAAGAAAUCGGCUGUGUGGUUCCAAAGUUUUACAAAAACAGUGAACAUUACCCGUUUAAUAGUUCAAUAAUAUAAAAUAUUUUGUAUUUUAAUUAUGCUGUUUGUUCAGCAUUUCCUGUCAGUUGAUUUUUGCAUUUUGCACUUACUCCAGGAUCUACCUUUUCAGUUAAAAAGAAAAAAAUAAGAAAUUUUCAGUGCAGAUUAAGGUGUGUGCGUGUGUGUAUGUGUGUGAAUGUAUGUAUGUCACUUUAUGUGCAGUUGAGGAAAUUGGAGAGCAGAUCUAUUUGACUUUCCCUUCUCCCUCUAAAGUAGAAAUAAAAUAAAUCUUUACCUUGGUUAAAGUAACCUUUCUUAUUGCAACCAGACAGUUCUCAUAAAAUAAUGAAAAAAUAAUGAAUUCUGGAUACUGCUUAUUAAUUACCAUUUGGUUUUAAUUUUCUGUGUUAACUAUUAUAUUUGCAAACGUACUUUACCAUAUUGAUGGUGUAUGUGUGUAGUUUCUCAUCAGCCUCCUUUUGGUUUUAAAUUGUACCAAAGAUAGGAUAUCAGUAUGCAUGUUUAUCGCAACUUUUAAAAAUAUUACAUGUAAGAGCUUCUCUUUCACUUGUAAAAGCUCUUCUCACAUUCACCUUAAUAAUCAAGUUGGGUUGCAUUUACAUGCUAUCAGAUACUCUACUUUGUCUUCAGUAAGGCACCCUUUUUCUAGGUUGAGCCAAAUAUCAGUGCUGCAUUUCUGAUAUAAUUUCUCUUGUCCUCUACAAGAAACUUGGUGAUAUUCAUGUUUACUGAGAUAAAGAUUGGAGGCUACAUUCUACAGCGUUACAUCCAUUGCCUUGUGUUUUUCCUUGGUACAAUUAGAUGCCUUUCAGCUAGUCCCUCUUCAAGAUGCUGUGUGCUGUUUGAUCUCUGUAUCUCAGCUAGGCAGUUUUUUUUUUAACCUGGGUGUCUUUUCCAGUGGUAGUAUUUUGCUUUGAUAAGAGGUUAGCACUCUUCUGUUCAUAUUUUCAAUUAGGAAUUAGUGCAUUGUCAUGCACAGGUAGAUUUUGUUAAAAAACAUAAUAGUCCUCUAUUAUAAUAAUCUUGCUCCUAAGAGCAGGUAAGCUUCUCUCUUAUUUCUGGACACUAAAAUCUGGAAAUGUAAUUUGGAAUCCAUAAAAUUCAUAAGAGCUAAAUGUAUUUCCAUUAGCAUUUCACAAAAAGGUCUAACCCAUUAAUUUUGAAGGUAACCUUCCUUACCUUUAUCUGCAUUCUAUUAUGGGUUGUUGAUGUAUUGCGGCCACGUCUGUAAACAUAAGCCCUAAUAACAGAUAAUAGUGGCAGUAAAUGCUCUGUGAAACUCUUCAAACAAAGGUGCUUGAUACAAUCCUUUAAGUUGAAGCUCUUGGUGGUUCUUCAAAGGAACUUGAUGUAUUUGCAAUGAAGCAUCAUUGUAAACCUUGCUAAGGCCAAUCAGAGCUUGGAAAAGCCUUUUUUUUCCACAGCUUAUUUUGGUAUACUUCUUAGAUAUAUCUGCUUUUUCUGUUGAUAUAUGCACCCAGCAAUUAUAUUUUGGCGCAUUCAGCAUUCUAAUAACAUCAGGCUGACUUCCCAAAACAGAUUUUGUAAUGUCAUCUGGACUGCUCACUUGAUUUUAUAGAUUUUCUUGUUCUAUUUUAUAUAAUACAUGGAUCUUAAUAAAAUAAUUCGAAGGAGGUGAUGUUCCCUCAUGUGUGUUAACUCUUCAAAACAGCAGAACAAAAUACGGAUGCACAACCUGUUUAAUUAGUAUGUUUACUGUGCCUCGUUUUUGAAAAUGUAUUCUCUUACUGUACACAUGCAGUUGAUAAAUAUACUUUUUACAUUGCUUUUUCCCUAAGAAAACAUCUAGAAACCUCUGCAGAGAACUUUUACUGAUUAAUGUAACGGUCAUUUAAAAGUUCAUAGCAAUGAAGUUAAUCAUGUUUGGAAGAGAAUGUAAACUCUUUAUUGUAAUUUGAAAGAACUGUUGAUCACUUAAUGCUUUCUUUUCCUGAGGUAUUAUAACUUACAGAAAAUCAUUAAAAUGAUCAUAACUGAAGAUAUAGACCAUUUAAGAUUUUGAUGAUAUUGCCCAAACUUCAUUUGCUAUUUAUCUGGGGCUAACAGCAUACCGAACUAAAUUACACAUUUUGGUUAUGAUACCAUGGGAACAAUUCACAUGUAAUUACGGUAAUUUUUUAUUUGCUUAUUUGUCCAUAACAGGUCAUCCCGCAAGUAGCAAUAUAUUGACGUAUUUCGUAUGAUGCAGUAGGCUACAGAAACAUUAAAACAAUUCAUUGAAAUAUGAA